UGUGUGAAGAAACCCCUAGAAACACUCCCGUCGCGCUCUGUCUCAUUGUGACUCUCGGAUCAGUUCUCUCUGCCUUCGUUGGUCUCGGCUCAUGCUUCCUCCAUAGCCCGGAGCACCGCUUCCGUCGUCCUUCCGGAAACACGUCUUCUUAUUAUUACAGAAGGGGGAGGAAGCACACGGGCUCAUAAUGAUUAAGCUAUUCAGUGUGAAGCAGAAGCAAAGAGAGGAUGCUCUGAACAACAAUGGCCGUCCCAUCAAGAAGCAAAGUGCUGGUGAAUUACGAGUUCAGAAAGAUAUAAGUGAAUUGAACUUGGCUAAGACUAUCUCUAUACACUUCCCAAAUGGCAAGGAUAAUCUUCUCAACUUUGAAAUCACCAUUCGGCCAGAUGAGGGUUACUAUCAAGGUGGCACGUUUGUCUUUAGCUUCUCGAUCUCACAGGUGUAUCCUCACGAGGCACCGAAGGUGAAAUGCAAGACCAAGGUAUAUCAUCCUAACAUAGAUCUGGAGGGCAACGUCUGCUUGAACAUCCUCCGUGAAGAUUGGAAGCCUGUCCUUAGUAUCAACUCCAUUAUUUAUGGCCUUCAAUACCUGUUUUUGGAUCCCAAUCCAGAUGAUCCUCUCAAUCAUGAGGCUGCAGAAGUUUUGAGGGACAAUCCUCGGCAGUUUGAACAAAGUGUGCGAAGAUCGAUGGCCGGCGGUUACGUCGGUGGCACUCAUUUCCCUCGAUGUAUUUAGAUUAACAUAAUAUUGUAAUAGUAAGGUUGAAAGGUACUCUCGAAUGUUAAAAGUUGAUUUCACAUGCGCCUUAUGAGCCUUUGGUGUGAAAGUAUCACAGGUUUCAAUCUACCAUGCAAAGAACCAAAGAGAUUUGUCCAUCGAUCUUGGGACUUGAAAAUGACUUAUUUUUUAUGCACAGGUAGCUGAAGUAA